AUGUAUGUGGUGGAGUUUCAAAAGCGCGGCCUACCCCACGUUCAUAUGUUAAUUUGGCUUGAUGGUCCUUCUAAGAAAUUCUUAAAAGAAAAUGUAGACAAGUUUGUUUCAGCAGAGAUUCCAGAUCCUGAAGUUGAUCCUGAUGGAUACGCUGCUGUCAAAGCUUAUAUGAUGCAUGGUCCAUGCGGCUUACAAAAUCCAAAAUCUCCUUGCAUGAAGAAUUUUAAAUGUAUACGCCAUUUUCCGAAAAAGUAUUGCGCAAGAACAGUAUUCGAUGACAGUGGCUUCCCACUGUAUAUGCGGCGCAAGCAAAAUGUUAAAGUCCAUGUCCACAAAGUUGAUUUGGAUAAUCAGUGGGUGGUCCCGUUCAAUCGGGAUCUAUUAGUGAAAUACCAGUGUCAUAUGAACAUUGAGAUUUGCUGCCAUGCUCGGAGUAUAAAGUACCUCUUCAAAUACUGUAUCAAGGGACAUGACACUGCAACUGUGGAAAUUACUGGCCGACGGAAGCGAAAACAAAAUGAGAGCACUGACCAGCCUGUAGAUGAGAUUCAAGCAUACUUUGACGGCCGGUAUGUUUGUGGUGCUGAGGCGGCGUACAGAAUUUUUGGCUUCCCUAUACAUCACAGAACAUUGUCUGUGGAACGCUUGCCAUUCCAUUUGCCAGGUCAGAAAAACUGCACAUUUCGUGCCAACGAAUCUCUCGAGAAAGUGGUGGAGCGCGAGAAGGAAAGGCUUAGUAAGUUGGAAGCUUUUUUCAUGUUGAACCAGGUUGAUGUGAAGGCUAGAUGUUACACCUAUGACCAAAUACCCCAGCACUAUGUUUGGAAUGACACUCAAAGAAAAUGGACUCCAAGGAAGAGAGGCAACCAAAUAGGUCGCUUAUCUUAUACACAUCAUAGCAGUGGUGAGGUUUGGUACUUGCGUAUGCUACUCACCAAAGUUCAAGGUCCUACAUCAUUUGAAAGUUUAAGAACUGUCAAUGGAGUGCUCUGCCAUUCUUUCCGUGAUGCAUGUAAGGAAUAUGGAUUGUUGGAUGAUGACAAAGAGUGGCAUGAUGUGCUAGACCAGUGUGCAGCUGGCGGAUUGCCUCCUCAGAUUCGCCAACUGUUUGUCCACAUUAUAGUUAAUUGCAAGGUCACUGACAUUGCAAGUUUGUGGAAUAAUCACUGGAAACAAAUGGUGGAUGACAUUUUGUUGAAGAGGCGUCUGCUAAGUGAGAAUCAGAAUCUCAUCCUUAAUGAUUUCCAGCUACAGUUCUAUGCCCUUGCAGAAAUAGAUGAUUUGCUAAGAGCUAUUGGAAAGAGUCUCAAGAAUUACUCUCAGUUGCCACAACCACCAGCAAGCUAUCUCCAUCAGGGGACCAAUAACUUGAUUAUUGAAGAAACUAGCUACAACCUUGCUGAAAUGAAAGCUGAGCACGAAAAACUAAUUGCAAACUGCAACGAAGAGCAAAUUAAUGUUUAUAGAGCUGUGUUAGAUUCUGUUCAGGGUAAUCAAGGUGGAUUAUUUUUCCUAUAUGGGAGUGGUGGUUGUGGGAAAACCUAUGUAUGGAGGACUUUGAUCGCCAAAUUACGGUCUGAGGGUCAGAUUGUUUUGCCGGUGGCCUCCUCUGGGAUUGCAGCUACUCUUCUCCCCGGUGGCCGGACAGCGCAUUCGCGGUUCAAGAUACCCAUAGUUCUGGAUGAAUUCUCUCUUUGCAACAUUGGACACAAUUCAGAUAUAGCUCAGCUUAUUAAGGUCACAAAACUCAUCAUUUGGGACGAAGCGCCUAUGCAACAUAGGUACGCUUUUGAAUGUUUGGAUCGCUCGCUUAGAGAUAUUAUGAAAUCUGUUGAUCCUUCAAGAGCAAAUCUGCCGUUUGGAGGAAUUACAGUCCUCCUAGGUGGAGAUUUCAGGCAAAUUUUACCUGUGAUCACGCAAGGAGAAAGAGGUGAGAUUGUGUCUGCCUGCAUUACUAGAUCCAGGCUGUGGUCAAUUUGUAAAAUUUUUUUGCUAACCAGGAAUAUGCGGCUUAACCAAGGAAACAGUGCAGAAGAAGUUGAAGAAUUACGUCAGUUUGCAAAGUGGAUUUUAGAUGCUGGUGAUGGCAAGCUUCCACCAGCAGACCCAACUGAAUUCCAAAAUGCAAAAGAAAAUGAUAUUGUCAUACCAGCUCAGUUCUGUCAUCUUAGUAUAGGCAAUUCGGUUGAGAACAUGAUCUCAGCUACUUUCCCAGAUUUCAGCACCAACUGCAGAGAUCCAAAGUACUUGAGCGAAAGAGCCAUAUUAACUCCUACAAAUCAAACUGUAAGUCAUCUUAAUUCACUGAUCGUAGACAAAAUGCCAGGCGAUUCUGUUUCAUACUAUAGCGUUGACACUGUUGAAGAGUUUGGCGGUACCGAAGAUGAUUUCAACUCAGCUUUCCCGAUUGAAUAUCUAAAUUCUAUCAACCUUCCUGGAAUGCCACCACAUGAUUUGAAGUUAAAGGUCGGAGUUGUAGUUAUGUUGAUGAGGAAUUUAAACCAAACACUUGGUUUAUGUAAUGGAACAAGAAUGAUCAUCACAAAAUGUCUUAAAUUCUGUGUGGAGUGUGAAGUAAUUUGUGGUUCAUUCGCCGGGACACGACAUUUUAUUCCAAGAAUGGAAUUAUGUCCCAGUGAUACUCGCAUGCCUUACAAGUUGAUUAGAAAGCAGAUGCCGUUACAAAUAUGCUAUGCGAUGACUAUCAACAAAGCACAAGGUCAGUCACUUGAGACUGUUGGAUUGUUCCUUCCCAAAGCAGUUUUUACGCAUGGCCAAUUUUAUGUUGCAAUUAGCCGAGUUACAUCUCCACAUGGAUUACGAAUUUUCAUUGAUGAUGAUAGUGGACAGCCUACUAAUGUCACGCAGAAUGUGGUGUACCAAGAAAUUUUCUACUCUUUACCAAAGACCUAG